GCGGGGCUACGGGCCUGGGAAGCAGUGCGGGCCGGGCUGGGCCGGCUCACCGACAUGCUGACCUUCUUCUUGGUGUCGGGAGGUUCUCUCUGGCUGUUUGCCGAGAUUGCUCUCUCACUUCUGGAGAAGAUGCAGACCCAGGAGAUCCUGAGGAUCCUGCGGCUACCCGAGCUAUCGGACUUGGGCCAGUUUUUCCGCAGCCUCUCAGCUACCACCCUCGUGAGUGUGGGUGCACUGGCUGCCGUCCUUGCCUACUGGCUCACACACCGGCCAAAGGCCUUGCAGCCACCAUGUAACCUCCUGAAGCAGUCGGAAGAAGUGGAGGACAGUGGUGGAGCCCGGCGAUCCGUGAUUGGGGGUUGCACUCAGUUGCUUACCCACUACUAUGACGAUGCCCGGACCAUGUACCAGGUGUUCCGCCGUGGGCUUAGCAUCUCAGGGAACGGGCCCUGUCUUGGCUUCCGGAAGCCAGAGCAACCUUACCAGUGGCUGUCCUACCAAGAGGUGGCCAAAAGGGCUGAAUUUCUGGGGUCGGGGCUUCUCCAGCACGACUGUAAAGUGGGCACAGAGCAGUUCAUUGGUGUUUUUGCACAAAAUCGGCCAGAGUGGAUCAUUGCUGAGCUGGCCUGCUACACGUAUUCCAUGGUGGUGGUACCGCUCUAUGACACCCUGGGCCCAGGGUCUAUCAGCUACAUCAUCAACACUGCGGACAUCUGCACGGUAAUCGUGGACAAACCCCACAAGGCCACACUUCUGCUGGAGCACGUGGAGAGGAAGGAGACUCCGGGCCUCAAGCUGGUCAUCCUCAUGGAGCCGUUUGAGGAUGCCCUGAGAGAGAGAGGAAAGAAGUGUGGGGUGGACAUCAAGUCCAUGCAGGCUAUAGAGGACUGUGGCCGAGAGAAUCACCAUGCCCCAGUGCCCCCACGGCCUGAUGACCUCUCCAUCGUGUGUUUCACAAGUGGUACAACAGGGAACCCCAAAGGUGCGAUGCUCACCCACGGGAACGUGGUGGCCGAUUUCUCAGGCUUUCUGAAAGUGACAGAGAAAGUGAUCUUUCCGAGACAGGACGAUGUGCUCAUCUCCUUCCUCCCUCUGGCUCACAUGUUUGAGAGAGUGAUCCAGAGUCAGUGGGCCCCGACCUGUGCGGAUGUCCACUUUUCCUACUUGCCUUUAGCACACAUGUUUGAGCGCAUGGUGCAGUCUGUUGUCUACUGCCACGGAGGGCGCGUGGGCUUCUUCCAGGGAGACAUCCGCCUCCUCUCAGAUGACAUGAAGGCUCUCCGCCCCACCAUCUUCCCUGUGGUCCCACGGCUGCUGAAUCGGAUGUAUGACAAGAUCUUCCACCAGGCAGACACCUCACUAAAGCGCUGGCUCCUGGAGUUUGCGGCAAAGCGCAAGCAGGCCGAGGUCCGGAGCGGAAUCAUCAGAAACAAUAGUAUCUGGGAUGAACUCUUCUUUAAUAAGAUUCAGGCCAGUCUCGGGGGGCAUGUGAGGAUGAUCGUCACUGGAGCAGCCCCCGCGUCACCAACAGUUCUGGGAUUCCUACGAGCAGCUCUGGGAUGCCAGGUCUAUGAAGGUUAUGGGCAAACUGAAUGCACAGCUGGGUGUACCUUCACAACUCCAGGGGACUGGACAUCAGGGCACGUAGGGGCACCUCUGCCCUGCAACCACAUCAAGCUGGUCGAUGCAGAGGAACUCAACUACUGGACCUGCAAAGGAGAAGGAGAGAUAUGUGUGAAAGGACCAAAUGUGUUCAAAGGCUACUUAAAAGACGAGGACAGGACAAAGGAGGCCCUGGACAGCGACGGCUGGCUUCACACUGGAGACAUUGGGAAAUGGCUGCCGGAGGGAACGCUCAAAAUCAUUGAUCGGAAAAAGCACAUAUUUAAACUUGCUCAGGGGGAAUACGUUGCGCCAGAGAAGAUUGAGAACAUCUACAUCCGGAGUGAGCCUGUGGCGCAAAUCUACGUCCACGGGGACAGCUUAAAGGCCUUUUUGGUUGGCAUUGUCGUGCCUGACCCUGAAGUCAUGCCUUCCUGGGCUCAGAAGAAAGGAAUCGAAGGGACCUAUCAGGAACUCUGCACAAAAAAGGAAUUGAAGAAAGCCAUUCUGGAUGACAUGGUGAUGUUGGGGAAAGAAAGCGGACUGCAUUCUUUUGAACAGGUUAAAGCCAUUUACAUCCAUUGUGACAUGUUUUCUGUUCAAAAUGGCCUGCUGACACCAACACUGAAGGCUAAGAGACCGGAGCUGAGAGAGUACUUCAAAACGCAAAUAGAAGAGCUUUACUUAGUUUCCAUGUGAAGCUCGAGGAGGUCCUUCUCAGUCCGAUGAACUUUGCAGCAAUAUUAUAGUUAUUCUUGAGAGAAAGGAAUCAGAAUGCCACAGCUCAAAGUGAACAAGCACCUGAUUUUUGCAACUGAGCCUUUCCUGACCCAAGAAUUCUCUAACAAUAUUUUCUCUACCAUCACCAAGUACACUUUAUUUUUAUUAAAUGAUAUUGUAGCAAGCUGCUAAAAAAAUUAUCGCAAAUGGUAAUGUAUAAACAAAUCAAGACACUUUCUGAAGAACUGUGUACCACUAAAAGUAAUAUAUUCGCAAUGUUCACAGAAUUCCAUUAAACAUAAAGAAAAAACAUAACUGAUAUAUUGUACUUAAUUAUUUGUGGAGUAAUAACCAGGUACAGUGAAAGUCUAGGCAAUGUGGACUACCUCAUUAAAUAACUGAUUGUCAAUAAUCACAGUUAGAUCAGACCUAAAACUUAAAGCAAGCUGUAGGAAGCCACGCCAAAACAAAACAUGAUAGUUCCCAUGUGACUGGACUCCUUUGCUCUAACGUGAGCACCUUUGCCGGUACGAAAGCCUUCUCACUGAUUUUUAACCCUUAUUCAUGAAAAGUGGAAAUGCAGCAGUUCCUUAAAGCAAAUAUCAUCUCUAUCUAAAAACCCCCUAGGUCUUUCAGUGAUCUCUGCUCAUUCAUCAAGCUCACUGAAGUAUUCAGAAUCUAUGCACAGAAGAAUAGGCAGGGGUUGCGUUUAUUUACCUACUUCUUACCAGAAGGAAGCUUAAAAGAUGUUUGUUGACUGCAGCAAGUGGACUCUUGGCAAGCGUUUAGGGAAAGAUACUCAAUGAUGUCUCAGGGUGGGCAACAGUUCAUGUACCUAGGUUUCUGCUAGAGUCUUUGCCUUUUCCAUUCUCAGUAUGUCUGUGCCAGGUCUGGGAGACGCAAUAUGGCUGAAAUUGUGAACAACCUCGAUUUCUUUUCAAAUGCUACCACAGCAAAUGUGAGAGGAAUAGCUGCUAAUUCCAAAUAAAAGAACUUCUUCAAAAAUUCCCCUAGAAAACUAUAGAAGUCCAACAUAGAAGAAUCCUUGCUAAUGGCAUGAUUCUAUUCCUAGAACCCCCAGAUGCUCCUAAUCGACCAUAAAACCUUAAUCGUAUCAUAUGUUUAGUUGCACCUUAAAUCUGGGUGCCAAGAUUCUGAUGUCACCAAAAAGCCUCGAUACCACGGGCAGUGUGGUUCAAGUCCCCACUAUAAAUUGUGCACCCAAGGGGGGCAAGGUCCCCAGGGAAGUGUUUCUCUUCUGUGGGAACAGGAUUCUGAAAGUAUGGAGAGAACUCAUGCAGGUCGCAUGAUCUUCCCUAACGCAUCUACGAUCAGGGUGGCAGGACAAGGAACUCCUUAGCUCUGAGAGAAAUCCAAUUUAUUUGUAAGUUCCCAGUGGGAACCUGCAUCAUCACACAGGCCUGUCGGAUGGUCCCAACAUGUAUGUGAGUGAAUGUUCUCAGUCAGAACCUGUGUCAUCCAUCAAGCAGGCCUGUGGGAUGGUCUGCAUCACUGAUCACACACCUGUUUCAGUCAUGUUGCGUCAUGACCUCAGCUUCGAUUGACAUAGUUAUUCAGGUUUUUUUUUUUUAAACACAUUCCUUGGGCAUCAUCUCUCUGAAGACUCACUGUUGCACCUAUUAAUUUGACAUUGACUAAAUGAGCAAUUCUGUACACAUUAAUUUCUUUCACAGUAUGGAGAAGCAAAACCAGUGCCUUGCACAUGCAAGGCAUGUAAUGUUCUGCUAAGCUCCACUCCCAGCCCUGUGUGCACUAAAUUUGAAAUACAUUUCCGGCAAGACAAAUAACACAUUGAAAGCCACACCUGAAGAGCACUGGCUUUUUAAAUGUUUAAUGUAUGUUCGAUCAAUUAAAAUUGAACAUCGUUACCUGAAUUAGAUUAUCUAUAUUAUUUUAAGGGCAAGGAGUUUUGCAUUCCAAAUUUUAAAAUCUGUUUUCCAUUGUCCUUCUACUUGACUAUAACCCCAUGGUUGGCUUUGAUUCCAACAGAGUUUUGAGCACUGCAGUUUUGGGCAAACGAUUUAAAAAAUUACCCUCAUUCCAUUUACGUGUCUCUGUAGUUAGGUGUGACUAGCUAUAAACAAGCUUUGCUUGUAUAUUUCUAUUGAACUUCGAGAUCUGUAUGGAAACCAUCACACUUAAUGGGAGGGUACAAGUGUGCUCAGAAAGUCAACAGUGGACCUGAAAUGCAUCCUGUGUCCUCCUCCUCCUCUGCAGAGCACUACCCACUACAAAGAAGAAAUGAGAGGGCAUGAAUCAGUGGAAAACCCCUCUUGCUUCAGACUUCCCAACUUUAUCUCAGGGGGUGAAAAAUAAGUUUGUGUUUCUCUUUAAUCAAUAUAGAAAAAAGUCUAAGUAACUAAGGCUUGUCCUGAUCCAGUGGCCACCAUAUACUGAUGAAAGUCUGGAGACCAUGGAGAUUUGGUUCCUUAGUCAUAAACACGUUCUUAAAUGUUUGGCAUUUUUAUCUAUUUGUUACUCAAAUGUGUUGCUAAGUCUCCCAUUUUUUUUUCUUUUGACAAAUUAAGCCUGUUGGAGUACGCUGUAAAACAGACAUACGCAUUUCCCCCACUUGCCACAAAAGAUGUCUUUAUACAUAGUAUUGAGACUUCCCCUCCAGAUGACAGGGUUGGUCAGGUGUGGUACGGGGGCUUAGCUCCCUGUACUAGGAUCUCCAACUCAGAGGUCCAAGGAGUAGCCAUACCCUGCCUUCCUCACAAGUCUAAGGGGGAAAAAUUCUCUACUGGGAGUUUUACAGUCAGGUGAUGUUUUAGCCAUUUGAAAUCAGCAUUUGAAGUUAGAUUGCAUUGCCCUUGAGAGAACCAAUGAUUAUUCAUUUCUCUGCCAUAAUAAAUGAAUUGUUCUUUAUUUUUCACAUGUAUUAAGCACAGGUCUGACACAAUUAUUUAAGAUACAAAAUACUAGAAAAUGAAUGUAAAGAAUGGGAAAUUAUAUUUUUUGCAUGAAAAUAGACUGCUUACAAAUUUGCUUACUAUCUCAGGACAAAAGAAUGAACAGUUGUAUGUAAAAUUGAUAAAUAAGUAAGUUGUAUUUUCUUUACAGUUUUUAUUUUAAGAAAACCCUACAAUAAGGGGGUUAGUUUUAGGGUCUCUCUUAAGUAUGCUACAUAAUCCUGCCUGUGAAUCUACAAAUCCUCCCAUGAGAAUGAGACCAGCUCCAUGUGAGGACCAGUUCCCGAAUGAGACCCUCUUCACUGAGAACACAUUAGUGGUUGUUCUGCAGAGGCGAGGGCUACUCGUAAGAAAGCGUUUCUAAACCUAGUCCCAGACAUCAAGGGUUUUCACAAGGUAACAAUGCCACGGAAGCACUCAUCCCUCCACUCAUUUUACGUUUCUUUGUUAAGUCAUUGCAAUGAUUGCAUGGGGAAGGGGAAAUGGCUAUUUUUUGAAGAAUUGCUUAUCCUACUUUCAAUUUUUGAAAAUCGAGGAAUUAAAAUAUUACUUUUUAAAUAUGCAUAGAUGUA